UAGGGUUUUCUCGUUGAAUUUGUGAAGUAUUGUUUUUAUUGUUCCUCUGGUUGACCAGGACGGAGGUGGCUGUUUCUUCGUUUUAACCACUCGCUUAGGAUUUUGAUAUUUUCUCUCUUUUAUACACUAUCUAUCCGUUUAGUGAACUGAUAAAAAAAGAAAAGAAAAGAAAAGAAAAGAAAAGAAGGUGUUGGUCUAAUUUCUAUCGAAAUGAGGAAUUAAGUAAGCACAAGAGAAGAUAAGAGAAGAGAAGAGAAGAGAAGAGAAGAUGGGAUUUGAAGCAUUGGAUUGGUACUGCAAACCAGUGAGAGAUGGGGUGUGGACUAAAGCAGUGCAAAAUGCAUUUGGUGCGUACACACCUUGUGCCACUGACACUCUGGUGGUCUCCCUUUCUUAUCUUGUUCUCAUGGCACUUUGCUUUUAUAAAAUCUGGCUUACCAAGAAAGACUUCAAGCUCCAAAGAUUCUGUUUGAGGUCUAAGUGGUAUGCCUAUUUGCUGGCUCUGCUUGCUCUUUAUUCCACCGCCGAGCCCUUGUACAGAUUGGUCAUGGGUAUUUCGGUUCUCAAUUUAGAUGGACAGACAGGCCUUGCUCCAUUUGAGAUUGUUUCCUUGAUUAUUGAGGCCCUUGCUUGGUGCUCCUUGCUGGUUAUGAUUGCUGUAGAAAUUAAAGUCUAUAUUCGUGAAUUUCGAUGGUUUGUUCGAUUCGGGGUCAUUUAUACUUUGGUGGGUGAUGCAGUGAUGCUCAAUCUUAUCCUCACAGUAAAGGAGUUCUAUAACAAUGCUGUACUGCAUCUAUACAUUAGUGAGGUCAUUGUUCAGGGCUUGUUUGGAAUACUACUACUUGUGUAUGUUCCUGACUUGGAUCCUUAUCCUGGUUACACUCCAAUGCAAACUGAAUCUGUUGAUGAUGCUGAAUAUGAAGAGUUACCUGGAGGAGAGUACAUAUGUCCUGAGAGGCACGCCAACAUAAUUUCCAAAAUUGUUUUUGGAUGGAUGAGUCCCCUUAUGAAGCUAGGAUAUAGGAGACCCAUCACCGAGAAGGAUGUUUGGAAAUUGGAUACGUGGGAUCGCACUGAAACUCUUAAUGAUAGGUUCCAAAAAUGUUGGGCUGAGGAAUUAAGAAAACCAAAACCAUGGCUGUUGAGGGCAUUAAAUAGUAGCCUAGGAGGGAGGUUUUGGUGGGGAGGCUUCUGGAAGAUUGGCAAUGAUGCUUCCCAAUUUGUUGGGCCGCUCGUCUUGAACCAACUCUUAAAGUCUAUGCAAGAAGGUGAUCCGGCUUGGAUUGGUUAUGUCUAUGCUUUCUCAAUUUUUGCUGGAGUGGUAUUCGGUGUGUUAUGUGAAGCACAGUAUUUUCAGAAUGUCAUGCGUGUUGGUUACCGCCUGAGAGCAACUUUGGUUGCUGCUGUGUUUCGAAAAUCUCUAAGGCUGACCCAUGAAGGUCGGCGGAAGUUUGCAUCUGGAAAAAUAACCAACUUGAUGACAACUGAUGCUGAAGCACUUCAGCAAAUAUGCCAAUCACUUCACACUUUGUGGUCAGCUCCAUUCCGUAUUAUUGUUGCCAUGGUUCUUCUUUAUCAGCAAUUGAAUGUUGCUUCUCUUCUCGGCGCACUAAUGCUAGUUCUUCUGUUCCCCAUACAGACAUUUGUUAUAAGCAGAAUGCAGAAGUUAUCUAAGGAGGGUUUGCAGCGUACAGACAAGAGAAUUGGCCUCAUGAAUGAAAUUUUGGCUGCAAUGGAUACUGUGAAAUGUUAUGCAUGGGAAAGUAGCUUCCAGGCUAAAGUUCAAGGUGUUAGGGAUGAUGAAUUAUCAUGGUUCCGAAAAGCAUCACUACUAGGAGCGUGUAAUAGUUUCAUACUAAACAGCAUUCCAGUUAUGGUGACUGUGAUUUCGUUUGGUAUGUACACUUUGCUUGGUGGAAAUCUGACACCUGCAAGGGCAUUUACAUCUCUAUCUCUGUUUGCUGUGCUUCGCUUUCCCCUCUUCAUGCUUCCUAAUAUGAUUACUCAGGUGGUAAAUGCAAAUGUGUCCUUGAAGCGUCUGGAGGAACUAUUUUUAGCUGAAGAGAGAAUCCUUCUACCAAACCCUCUUCUUGAUCCUUCCUUACCAGCCGUUUCCAUCAAGAAUGGAUACUUUUCUUGGGAUUCAAAGGCAGAGAGACCCACAUUGUCAAAUAUCAAUUUGGAUGUGCCAAUUGGUAGCCUAGUUGCAGUUGUUGGCAGCACUGGAGAGGGUAAGACCUCACUUGUUUCAGCAAUGCUGGGGGAGCUUCCUGCAAUAUCAGAUGCCAGUGUUGUUAUUAGAGGAACAGUAGCUUAUGUUCCACAAGUUUCCUGGAUUUUUAAUGCAACAGUACGGGAUAACAUUCUCUUUGGAUCUCCCUUUGAUUCAGCAAGAUAUGAGAAGGCAAUUGAUGUGACUGCAUUGCAACAUGACCUUGAUUUACUGCCUGGUGGUGAUCUCACCGAGAUUGGUGAAAGAGGUGUGAAUAUCAGUGGUGGGCAAAAGCAAAGAGUUUCCAUGGCUCGGGCUGUAUAUUCCAAUUCAGAUGUUUAUAUUUUUGAUGACCCCUUAAGUGCUCUGGAUGCCCAUGUAGGCCGACAGGUUUUUGAUAAAUGCAUCAAGGGAGAAUUAAGCAGGAAAACGAGAAUUCUGGUCACAAACCAACUUCAUUUUCUUUCUCAAGUUGAUAGAAUCAUCCUGGUUCAUGAGGGUAUGGUGAAAGAGGAGGGCACCUUUGAGGACCUCUCUAAUAAUGGAAUGCUGUUCCAGAAGCUGAUGGAAAAUGCAGGGAAAAUGGAAGAAUACGAAGAACAGGAAAAUAAUGAAAUUGUUGAUCAUAAAACCUCUUCAAAGCAGGUUGCUAAUGGGGUAAUGAAUAACUUGCCAAAGAAUGUAAGUGGUACAAAGAAACCAAAAGAAGGCAAAUCUGUUCUUAUCAAGCAAGAAGAACGGGAAACAGGUGUUGUCAAUUUGAAAGUGCUGAUAAGGUACAAGAAUGCAUUAGGAGGUGCAUGGGUGGUGAUGGUACUCUUUAUAUGCUAUUUAAUGACAGAAGUUUUACGUGUUUCAAGUAGUACAUGGUUGAGCAAUUGGACAAAUCAAGGCACUUCAAAGAGACAUGGGCCUCUCUACUAUAAUCUAAUCUAUUCCUUUCUAUCAAUUGGUCAGGUGUCGGUGACAUUAUUAAAUUCAUAUUGGUUGAUUACAUCAAGUCUCUAUGCCGCCAAGAGAUUGCAUGAUGCGAUGCUUAAUUCCAUACUAAGAGCUCCAAUGGUCUUCUUCCACACCAAUCCACUUGGACGUAUUAUCAAUAGGUUUGCCAAGGAUCUAGGUGAUAUUGAUCGAAAUGUUGCCAUAUUUGUAAAUAUGUUCAUGGGCCAAAUAUCACAGCUUCUUUCUACAUUUGUUCUCAUUGGAAUUGUGAGCACCAUGUCUUUAUGGGCCAUAAUGCCACUUUUGGUUUUGUUUUAUGGAGCCUACCUUUAUUACCAGAGCACAGCCCGUGAAGUAAAGCGACUGGAUUCCAUAACUAGAUCACCUGUUUAUGCACAAUUUGGAGAAGCUCUGAAUGGUCUGUCAACUAUUCGUGCAUACAAAGCUUAUGAUCGGAUGGCCAGCAUAAAUGGAAAAUCAAUGGACAACAAUGUCAGAUACACCCUUGUCAACAUGGGUGCAAACCGCUGGCUGGCAAUCCGGUUGGAAACAUUAGGGGGCAUUAUGAUUUGGUUUACAGCGACCUUCGCGGUUAUGCAGAAUGGGAGGGCAGAUAACCAGCAGGCUUUUGCAUCUACAAUGGGUCUACUUCUCAGUUAUGCUUUAAACAUCACUAGUUUAUUGACUGCUGUACUGAGACUUGCUAGUUUGGCCGAGAAUAGCUUAAAUUCUGUGGAACGGGUUGGCACAUAUAUAGAGUUGCCAUCAGAGGCUCCACUUGUUAUUGAGAGCAAUCGUCCCCCUCUUGGAUGGCCUUCAUCAGGAGCGAUCAAGUUUGAAGAUGUUGUCUUACGUUACAGGUCUGAACUUCCACCAGUCUUGCAUGGGUUGUCCUUCACUAUUUUUCCUAGUGACAAGGUUGGGAUUGUUGGAAGGACUGGUGCUGGAAAGUCCAGCAUGCUCAAUGCUUUAUUUCGAAUUGUAGAGCUGGAAAGAGGAAGGAUUUUGAUUGAUGAUUGUGAUAUUUCAAAGUUUGGAUUGAUGGAUCUACGCAAAGUACUUGGUAUCAUACCACAGGCACCUGUUCUUUUUUCAGGAACUGUCAGGUUUAAUCUUGAUCCUUUCAGUGAACACAAUGAUGCUGAUCUUUGGGAGGCUUUGGAGAGGGCUCAUUUGAAGGAUGUUAUCCGAAGGAAUUCCUUAGGACUGGAUUCUGAGGUUACAGAGGCAGGGGAUAAUUUCAGUGUUGGACAGAGACAGUUGUUAAGUCUUGCUAGGGCAUUGUUGCGAAGAUCAAAGAUACUUGUUCUUGAUGAAGCUACUGCAGCUGUUGAUGUCAGAACAGAUGCUCUUAUUCAGAAAACUAUUCGAGAAGAAUUCAGAUCAUGUACAAUGCUAAUUAUUGCACAUCGACUCAAUACCAUCAUUGAUUGUGACCGGGUUAUUCUGCUUGAUUCUGGCCGGGUUCUGGAGUAUGAUACACCAGAGGAACUGCUUUCAAAUGAAAAUAGUGCAUUCUCUAAGAUGGUUCAGAGUACAGGGGCUGCAAAUGCUCAGUACUUACGCAGCUUGGUAAUGGGAGGGGAACGAGAGAGUAGGUUGGGAAGAGAAGAGAACAAACAGUUAGAUGGACCGAGGAGAUGGCUGGCCUCCUCUCGUUGGGCUGCUGCAGCACAGUUUGCUCUUGCUGUUAGCCUCACUUCAUCGCAGAAUGACCUCCAACAGUUGGAAAUUGAGGAUGAAAACUCUGUUCUGAAGAAAACAAAGGAUGCAGUGGUAACUUUGCAAAGAGUGUUGGAAGGGAAGCAUGACAAAGUAAUUGAUGAGUCACUAAAUCAAUAUCAAAUAUCCAGAGAUGGGUGGUGGUCAGCUCUUUACAAAAUGGUUGAAGGUCUUGCCAUGAUGAGCAGACUGGGUCGGAACAGGCUUCACCAAUCAGACUACGGCUUAGAAGACAAAACAAUUGACUGGAACCAUGUUGAAAUGUAGGAAUCACUGUGGUGUAUCUCUGGGUUCAAAGAAGGCUUUGUAACUAUGCUUAAUGGUAGCAACUUACUGCAAAUGUUUUUCUAAUUUAGCUUCUGGAAUUUGUCCGACUCAUGCGAAAGAUUUCGAGGGUGUUGUAUACAAGAACACUGGUUUUUUCGUACACUAGGCUCAUGAACCAGGUUUUGACCGCCAAAUGGAUUCGUAAACGUGUACUAUUAGAAGAAUCCGGAUAUUUGCUAUGUAUGAACUCUGAUGACCUUUUGUGAUGCGAGACAUUUGUGUUCUCUUCGACAUGAAUAUGUUGCCCAAAGGUCAAGUGGCACGAUGAGUCUGCAGAUGCUCAAGGUUAUGAAUAGGGAGCAGAUGAGUUUUAGCACUGGUAUGAGUUGUGGCUGUCAGGUGACUUGAGUGCAAGCCCCUCGGUUUGGUCUUGUAUUCCUUUCGGAAAGGCAGUACCUUUACGACAUCUGUAGGGUUCCGUCCCUGUCCUCUACAAGUUUGCUAAAAUAAAGAAACCCGUUUGGACGUGGGAAGAAUGGCUGAUCCACGAAAGUCGAUUUCGUUGGAGAUAUCAAAAGUAAUUAUUGAUAGCAUCUCGCUGGCUAGCGAAGAUGCAUGCUGUUUGUGUACCCUCCAAACCUUGGUGGUGAGUUUUAAUCUUGUUGUUGCACAGUGAAUUAGUGGCUGAUAUCCAUGUGUUUCUGUCUGGGAAUUGUUCCGUUCCAGCAUUUUUUGUUUUUUUCUUAUCCUGCUCCGACGAAUGCAGUUCUUAUUAUGUCAUUGAACAAAUGGGUUUCUGAGUUAGGUUUGAGUUUAAAGAGAUCCUGCAGUCCAUUUAUUUGUUAAAAAACAGAGAGUUCAGCCAAGGGUGAUUGUUACAAUGAAUUCAAGUCAUUGGUAGCUUUUA